AUGGCUAAGUUCAUCAAGUCAGGCAAAGUUGGUAUAGGUAGAUUCGCUGGUAAGAAGGUGGUCAUCGUGAAUGCUCACGACAAUGGCACAAAGUCACAUCCAUUCCCUCACGCAAUUGUUGCAGGUGUGGAGAAGGCUCCAAGUAAGGUGACGAAGAACAUGGGUGUCAAGAAGGCCACAAGAAAGUCGAGAGUUAAGGCUUUCGUCAAGUUGGUUAACUACAACCACUUGAUGCCAACCAGAUACACUUUUGAUAUCGAGGCUAUCAAGGGUGCUGUCACCCCAGAGGUUAUUAGUGAACCAUCUCAGAGAGAGGAGGCCAAGAAGAUUGUUAAGAAGGCUUUCGAGGAGAGACACAGAGCCGGUAAGAACAAAUGGUUCUUCAGCAAGUUGUCAUUCUAA